AUGUCUAUGGAACCUCCAGUAGGGCUGGCUUCCAUGCCUGUCACCAAACUGUCCAUGGUUAUGACCCUUGUGGUGCCCUUAGUGGCUUCGAUUGCAAGUUACAAGCACCUAUUCCUGCUACAAUAUGAUCCUUUCCUACAGACGUACCAUCAGUACUUCCGCCUGUUUAUAUUCCAGUUCUGUGCCAUCAACGAAUCUGACACGGUAAUACUGGCGCUAUUAUGGUAUCUGUUUAGACAUUUGGAACGACUGCUAGGUUCCCACAAGUAUUUGACAUUGAUUGCUCUAUCAUGGAUGUACACCACAUUAGCAAUCUGGGGAUUGAAUCUCAUUUGGAACGCUUUUAUUGGGCAGUUUACGUGGCUUCAAUGGAACAACUUUAGCACAGGUUCAUUGCCCAUCGUUUUAAGCUUGAUGCACUUUUACAAAGAAUACACCCCUCAAAUUUAUGAAUGGAGUAUAAGAUUACUGGGACCUCGAGGAGGAGUGGCAAGUCAAAAUUAUAAUAAGCAAGAGGACAAGAGCGCUGUAGAUUGGAGUAUCAACGAUCAGUUCCUUCUAAACGGGUUAAUACUAUUGCUUAUACUAAACCAAGGAUUUGCAGGAAUAAUAUGCGGAUUCAUUAGCUGGAUGUGUGGUAUUUUCAUCGACAAGGGCCUGCUACCGGGACUAGACCAUUGGCGAAUACCAUUUGUAUCACAUUACAUCUCCCGAGGCCCACCUACCAGGGCUGAUGUUGCUAUGGCUGCUAAUGCAGCUACAAAUACGGCAGCAGCAAGGGCAACAGCGCAGGCAGCCACUGCUGUCGCAGGAAGUUCAAAUGCGGGAAACUCUGGACCUGCAAGCAUUCCACUUCGUGGUUCAAGUACCACACCCACAGAUUCGUCUACUGCUGGCGACGACGAACCUGGUGCCGAUGAGCCUGCAAGGCCCCUGGGAGUCCAGUUUUUGGAUAUCUUUCGAAGAUGA